AUGGAUAUGGAUGAUGACGGGCGGUUGAGAAAUGUAUUCUGGGCGGAUGCACGAAGUAGGGCAACCUACAAAUAUUUUGGAAAUGUCGUCACAUUCGACACGACAUAUUUGACAAAUAGAUAUGGGAUGCCGUUUGCACCGUUUGUUGGUGUAAACCACCAUGGUCAGUCAAUUCUUUUGGGGGCAGGAUUAAUUUCUAGUGAGGAUACAGAAACGUUCACAUGGUUAUUUCAAACUUGGUUGACUUGUAUGGAUGGUGAAGCUCCCAAGGCUAUUAUCACAGAUCAAGAUCGAGCCAUGAAAAAUGCUAUUAGUCUCGCCUUUCCAAACUCCCGACACAGAUUUUGCUUAUGGCACAUAUUGAAGAAAUUGCCAGAGAAGCUAGGUUCACAUGGUGCAUACAAAACUGGUUUGAAAAGCCAGUUGCAAAAUUGUGUGUAUGACUCUCACACGAUAGAGGAGUUUGAGGGCUCUUGGCAAGUGUUGAUUACGAAGUACAACUUGCAGGAGAAUGUGUGGUUGAAGAGUUUAUACGCUGAGCGUACAUAUUGGGCACCGGUGUUCAUGAAAGAAGUUUUUUGGGCUAGAAUGAGUACAACCCAACGAAGCGAGAGCAUGAAUGCAUUUUUUGAUGGGUAUGUUCAUGCUAAAACAAACUUAAAAGAGUAUGUCGAUCAGUUUGAUAAUGCAUUGAGGAAGAAGAUUGAGAGUGAAAGUGAGGCGGACUUCCAAGAAGUUCAGAAAGAAGUUAUAGGGAUGCUUGCAACUCUUCCAGCUCUACACCGGAAGGAUGGUGUAAUUGCAACGUACCAUGUAGAAUGUGAAGUGAAUGCUGAUGAAUUCAUGAAGGAGGUGACUCACACAGUGUACUUUAAUGAGGCCGAAUGCGAAGUGAAGUGUUCAUGUGCCUUGUUUGAGAUGAGAGGGAUAUUGUGUAGACAUGUAUUAGGCAUUAUGAGAGUUAACAAAGUCCGUUCGGUUCUUGAAAAGUACAUACUAAAUCGAUGGAGGAAAGACAUAAAAAGGACAUACACUCUUAUACCUUCUUAUUAUGACUUAGUUGAUCAGAGGCCUGAAGUUAGCAGAUAUUCAUGUAUCAUCAAGAAAUGUUACGAAGUAGCUACAAAUGCAUCGUCAUGUGAUGAGCACACUGAGGAUAUGCUAACUAAACUAGAUGCGAUGAACUUAGGCUAUUGCACCAACUUGCCGCCCUCGAAGGUUGUAGUGAUUCAUGCCAACUCAACCACAUAUGCGAGUUCUAAGAAAAUGUUGAGUCCUCAUGUAGUCAGAAGAAAAGGUAGACCUCCAUCUCUUAGAAAAAAAUCAAUGAUUGAGAAAGUGAAACCCACGACGAAGAAGGCUAGUCAAAAAGGAAAGCGUAAACAGCCACAUGGAAUAGAAGACGAAGUUAUUGGAACGUGCAGGAAUUUAUUUGGGCAAACAGUUGUUGGAACACAACAAAAUGUCCCAGUUGAGUUUGAACACCCAAAGAAUGCUCGCCCUAAAUUUCGCCGGGUAUUUGAUGUUCUAAGUGAAGCAGAUGAAGAUUCAGCAAAGGAGGAGGCAAGGAGACAAUUUCUAGAUGCACUAGCUUACUCAAAGGUGGAAGUGGUUGUCAAACUUCAGGGUUGGGACGCUGACCUUACCAAAAGAGAUCUACACUGGAAGCAAGUUUCUUUCAAUAUAAGUUCAAACUGGCAGAUUGUAGCUAAAACGAAAAGCAAGUACAUGGCAGGAACAUUCACAAAAAAGAAGAAAUGUACAGUCUCUGGGGUCUACAGUGACAUUACAGCAUGGCCCGGAAGGGAGAGGGAAGAUGGUAGUGAACAGAUGGCUUAUUUUGGGAUAAAAACAGCUGAGAGGGUAAUAGAAUUUGAAUGCAAGAGUAAAGUAGAUAAACAGAUGUGGACAGAGGGCAUCCAACAUAUGUUAAAUUGCCGUGCCAACUUAACAUAAUGAUAAGAU